AUGGCAAAGGCCGAGGACGAAGGUCUGACAGGCCGACACAGUGCCAGAGGAGCAAAAUUUAUUGGAACAUUCCCCAUUCCAGACACUUAUAAUCCAGAUGAUGAUAAAAUAUAUUUCUUCUUUCGGGAAUCAUCUCAGGAAGGCAGCACAUCUGACAGAAGCAUUCUUUCAAGAGUUGGGAGAGUUUGUAAGAAUGAUGUAGGUGGGCAACGAAGUCUGAUAAACAAAUGGACUACUUUUCUUAAGGCGAGACUGAUUUGCUCAAUUCCUGGAAGCGAUGGGGCAGAUACUCAUUUUGAUGAACUCCAAGACAUUUAUUUGCUCCCUACAAGAGAUGAAAGAAAUCCUGUAGUAUACGGAGUCUUUACCACAACCAGCUCCAUCUUCAAAGGCUCUGCUGUCUGUGUGUAUAGCAUGGCUGACAUCCGAGCAGUUUUUAAUGGCCCGUAUGCCCAUAAGGAAAGUGCAGACCAUCGUUGGGUCCAGUAUGAUGGAAGAAUACCUUAUCCCCGACCCGGGACGUGUCCAAGCAAAACCUAUGACCCACUGAUUAAAUCCACCCGAGACUUUCCUGAUGACGUCAUCAGUUUCAUAAGGCGGCACCCGGUGAUGUAUAAGUCGGUGUACCCAGUGGCGGGAGCGCCGACCUUCAAGAGAAUCAAUGUGGACUACAGACUGACGCAGAUAGUGGUGGAUCACGUAGUUGCUGAAGACGGACAGUAUGAUGUCAUGUUUCUUGGAACAGACAUUGGAACAGUUCUCAAAGUUGUCAGCAUUUCCAAGGAGAAGUGGAAUAUGGAAGAAGUAGUACUGGAGGAGCUUCAGGUGUUCAAGCACCCAACAGCCAUCUUGAAUAUGGAGUUGUCCCUGAAACAGCAACAGUUGUAUGUUGGUUCCUGGGAUGGAUUGGUUCAGCUCUCCUUGCACAGAUGCGACAUUUAUGGGAAAGCAUGUGCAGAUUGCUGUCUUGCCAGAGACCCCUACUGUGCUUGGGAUGGAAAUGCUUGCUCAAGAUAUGCACCCACUUCCAAAAGGCGAGCUAGACGGCAAGAUGUAAAGUACGGGGACCCAAUCACUCAGUGCUGGGACGUAGAAGACAGCAUUAGUCAUGAAACAGCUGAUGAAAAGGUGAUUUUCGGAAUUGAAUUUAAUUCAACCUUUCUGGAGUGUAUGCCUAAAUCCCAGCAAGCCUCUGUUAAGUGGUACAUCCAGCGGCCAGGAGAUGAGCAUCGUGAGGAGUUGAAACCUGAUGAAAGGAUCAUCAAAACGGACUAUGGGCUACUGAUUCGAAGCUUGCAGAAGAAGGACUCUGGGAUGUAUUACUGCAAAGCACAGGAGCACACUUUCAUCCACACCGUAGUGAAGCUGACUUUGAAUGUCAUUGAGAAUGAACAGAUGGAAAAUACCCAGAGGGCAGAGCACCAGGAGGGGCAGGUCAAGGAUCUAUUGGCUGAGUCACGGUUGAGAUACAAAGACUACAUCCAAAUCCUUAGCAGCCCAAACUUCAGCCUGGACCAGUACUGUGAACAGAUGUGGUACAGGGAGAAGCGGAGACAGCGCAACAAGGGAGGCCCAAAGUGGAAGCACAUGCAGGAAAUAAAGAAGAAACGGAAUCGACGCCAUCACAGAGACCUGGACGAGCCCCACACAGCCGUGGCUACAGAAUUCUCUAUUUAAUUUAAAGAGAAAAUUAUUUACCUGCCUGCAAAAUACUGUCUUGUUUUGUACAUCCCUCAUGGCAAUUCGUACAUGCCUUCCAUGGAGUCUCAUUAAGGCACAGAAUGAUAUACUGAGUAAGACUGUCUAUGGUAGAUAUAAAUUCAUCUAAACCAGCUUUUGAGAGCAAAACUUGUGUCAGUAAAGUCAAGAACUGUCCUCAGAAUAGGAGCCUUACAUUUAUAAAUGUUUUAUGUUUUGAAUUUAAUGUCACAAAUAGAAGUAAGCUAAAUUAACAUCUCCAGGUCCAACGGAAGGU